GGAAAAUUUGCAUUCUUUUCACUAAGUACAUUUUCACAACCAAAGAACUAAUACUGAAGUAGUGUCCAGAAUGACAAGUUCACGUUCACAUGACAUAUGGUUAACAGUACUUGCUACAGUGGCAGUAACAGUGGGUGUAGUGGAAGCAUAUCAUAGAUAUACCAAUAAAAAUAAUUUGACAAACACAUCAUCGUCGUCAUCUCCACAAGUAAAAAUUAAAAAAUCAAGGCCCCAUUCAGAAGAACUCAUUAGAGAACAGUUGGCAAGAAACUAUGCAUUUUUAUCAGAUGAAGGUAUGGAUAAAGUUAGAAAGCAACGAGUUGUAGUGGUAGGAGCUGGAGGAGUUGGAUCUUGGGUUGCAACCAUGUUGAUUAGAUCGGGAGUUGAAAAUAUUAAAAUUAUUGAUUUUGAUCAAGUAUCAUUAAGUUCAUUAAAUAGACAUGCAGUAGCUAAUUUAUCUGAUGUUGGAACCCCUAAAGUAGAAUGUUUAAGAAAUCAUUUAUUAGAAAUAUGUCCAUGGGCCAAUAUUGAAGUUAAGAAUCAAUUAUGGAAUAAAGAUAAUGCUCAAUCAUUAAUUUAUGGAGAAAGUGAUCAAGAAGAUUUUAAACCAACAUAUAUUGUUGAUUGUAUUGAUAAUAUUGAUACUAAAGUUGAUUUAUUAACUUUUUGUUAUGAAAAUAAAUUACCAGUCAUAUCAUCUGGAGGAGCAGCAUGUAAAUCAGAUCCUACUAGAAUUAAUAUUAGUGAUAUUUCAAAGACUGAAGAAGAUCCAUUAGCCAGAUCAGUUAGAAUUAGAUUAAAGAAAAGAGGAAUUUUAACAAAUAUCCCAGUUGUAUUUUCAGCCGAAAAACCUGAUCCUAAUAAAGCUCAAUUAUUACCAUUAUCUAAUGAUGAAAUUGAAAAGGGAUCAGUUGAUCAAUUAGCUGCAUUACAAAACUUUAGAGUAAGAAUUUUACCAGUUCUUGGAACAAUGCCAGGUAUGUUUGGAUUAACUAUUGCCACCUAUAUAAUUACAUCUGUAGCAGGAUAUCCAAUUGAGCCUAUUGAAGGUAAAAAUAGAUAUAAGAUUUAUGAUGGAAUUUUACAGAGUUUGGCUGGCCAACAACUGAGAAUAGGUCAAUUAGAUCAACGUAUCCCCAUUUCAUUAAAUGAUGUUCCAUAUGUUUUAGAAGAAGUUUAUCGUGGUAAAUCACCCAUUCUGAAUUAUUCUACUAGAUUAACAUUAUCAAGAUGGGAUCCAAAUCAAGAAUUAUCUAUGCAAAAUGUCGUGGUUAUGACUAAGGAUGAACAAAAAUUCCAUGAAGAUAAUGUAUUAAAUGGAGGUAAAUUAUUACUGGAUGUUUAUUCUCAAGAUAUAUUAGACCGAGUAGCACAAAGAUUUGCAGAAGAGAAAUAUUACUCUCAAUUUAGAUAAAUAGUCAUGUGUAAGUAAUUAAUUAAUAGACAAAAAUCAUUUUACUCAC